AGGCCGUCUGCUCCAAAGAUCCCCGACGGAGAGAAAGUGGACUUUGAUGACAUGCAGAAGAAACGUCAGAACAAAGACCUGGCCGAGCUGCAGUCGCUGAUCGACGCUCACUUCGAGUGCAGGAAGAAAGAGGAGGAGGAGCUCCUCGGUCUCAAAGACAGAAUUGAGAAGCGUCGCAACGAGCGAUCCGAACAGCAGAGGGUCCGUGCUGAGAAGGAUAAAGAGCGGCAGGCCAGGCGGGAGGCUGAGCGGCAGAGGAAGGAGGAAGCCGACGCCCACUGGAAGGCUGAGGCUGAAGCCAAGAAGAAGUUAACACUGAGCGGCAUGGGUUCAGGCUACAGCAGCCUGCAGAAGGUUGACCAGAAGAGAGGCAAGAAGCAGACGGAAAGAGAGAAGAAGAAGAAGAUCAUGUCAGAGAGAUGCCAACCCCUGAACGUCGACGGUUUCAGUGAGGACAAUAUGAGGGAAAAGGCGAAGGAGCUGUGGGAGUGGCUGCACAACCUGGAGGCAAUUAAAUACGACCACUGCGAGAAGCUCACGAGGCAGAGAUAUGAGGUGGUCUCUCUCAGAAACCGCAUCGAUGAGCUGCAGAAACACAGCAAGAAGGGAGCCGCCGCGCGCCGCAGGAAGUGAGCGGCUGCUGAGCUUCGGUCAGCCCGGAAAAGAGGCGCCUCCCCUCGGCUACAGCAGCGGCUCAGACCCGGUCGACACCCGGAGCUCCGGAGCAACUGGACGUCUUAGUGUCUGCUUGAUGAAUUCAGCUCUAAUAAAUACAUUUUAAAAAUGUCAUCACGGUGCUUGUGUAAUAAAAAAUAAAAAAUAGAUUCAGACAAUAAAA